AUGGCUCGCCCCCGCCUCCGGCUGCUCCUCGUCGUCGCUGCCGUCCUCCUCCUCCUCCUCCUCCACCCGGCCCCCUCCUCGGCGGCAGAGCGGCUGGAGGACCCCCUCAUCGAGCAGGUGGUCGGGGGCGACGCGGAGAACGAGCUGGAGCUCAACGCGGAGGCGCACUUCGCGACCUUCGUGCGGCGGUUCGGCAAGUCCUACAGGGACGCCGAAGAGCACGCGCACCGGCUCUCCGUGUUCAGGGCCAACCUCCGCCGCGCGCGCCGCCACCAGCGGCUCGACCCCUCCGCGGUGCACGGCAUCACCAAGUUCUCCGACCUCACCCCCGACGAGUUCCGGGAGCGCUUCCUCGGCCUCCGCAAGUCCCGCCGGAGCUUCCUCAAGGGGAUCUCCGGGUCGGCGCACAACGCGCCGGCCCUCCCCACCGACGGCCUCCCCACAGAGUUCGACUGGCGCGAGCACGGCGCGGUCGGCCCCGUCAAGGACCAGGGUUCGUGCGGGUCGUGCUGGUCCUUCAGUACGUCGGGGGCGCUGGAGGGUGCCAACUACCUCGCCACCGGGAAGCUGGAGGUGCUCAGCGAGCAGCAGCUGGUUGACUGCGACCACGAGUGUGACCCGUCAGAACCACGCGCAAAAGCUGGUGGCUUAGAAACCGAGAAGGAUUACCCGUACACUGGGAAGAACAGUGCCUGCAAGUUUGACAAAUCCAAAAUUGCUGCUCAAGUUAAGAAUUUUAGUACCGUUGCUAUUGACGAAGAUCAGAUUGCCGCUAACCUUGUGAAACAUGGCCCACUUGCAAUUGGUAUCAAUGCAGUAUUCAUGCAAACGUACAUUGGUGGUGUCUCAUGCCCAUACAUCUGCGGAAGGCAUCUUGAUCAUGGCGUUCUCCUGGUUGGCUAUGGAUCAGCUGGUUACGCACCGCUCCGCUUCAAGGAGAAACCAUACUGGAUCAUAAAGAACUCAUGGGGUGAAAACUGGGGCGAGAGCGGGUACUACAAGAUCUGCAGGGGUCCGCAUGUCAAAAACAAGUGCGGUGUCGAUUCCAUGGUCUCCACGGUUACCGCCAUCCAUACCUCUAAGAAGGAAUAA